AUGGACGACAAAUCAGAAAUCACUGUUGUUGGCGCAGGUUGGGAAUUUACCUUGCACGCGACUGCUUUUAUAGCGGCCGGUGCGAGGAUUACCGCCUACGAGAUGGCCCAUGACAAGUUCGGUGCCGGCCAGAUUGGAUUAAACAUGAAAGACGAAAUUUUGGACUUCCAUCAGGCAUGUCGACUGGCUCACCUGAUGCCGGACUUUACCCUUGAACAUCUUGAAAGGCUACCAAGCGAGGUCAAAGAUAUUAUGAACCUUCCUUGCCACCAAACAUUGAGUAAAAAACGUCGGUCGAUCAAAUCCAUGGGGAAGCGGGCGUACGAAGAUCUUCCCGAUGCUGAAAAGAUGUCGAAGAAGGAAGUGGUUGAGACGAAGAGAAGCAUUCUGGAGUAUAUGGUUGCCGUUGGAGUGCUCAAGGUGAUACCUCAAGAAGUAACGGUCGACAUGGUAGCAUCGUGGCUCGAGAAAAACAAGCCUGUCUUCUUGCUGACUGGCAGUCAACUCAAUCUGGAAAAAUCAGGCUUGAAUCACCUCAUCGGUAAUCCCCGAUUUUUAAAAGAAUUCUUGAUGGUUUCCGAAGAAACAAAGAAAUUUACCGAAGCUAUCUCUGAUUUACAGCAAGCACACGCCGCUUCAGGAUGUCAAGGUGCUGUGCCACGCGUCGGAAUCGUUGGUGGUGGUUCGAUCGCUCUGAGCUGCGAGUUGGAUCUAGGCAAGAUAUUACAGCCAAACCUUGAGAUCAUUUCGAUUUCUCCGGAAAAGAGGCUCAGACUUCCGGACUCCCUUCUUCCGAUCCAGGAACACAUGACACAUCGGUUUAUUCCAGGAUAUGUAUCCGAUAUGGUACUGAGCGAAGACGAGAAUGCUAUCGAAUCUGUGAAAAUCAUCAGUUUCCCUGGACGCGAGAUUCAAACUAUCAACACUAGCCUUUUCGUUCAUAUUUUCAAUGUAUACCACCCACCCGGAAAAUGGGAGAUCCCUUCUCACCACGCAAUGGAGUCGAUAACGAAGUUUCUCGACGAGAGAGAUCCUGAGAAUGCAUUGAUAAGGGAUUACGCCAUUGGGCCACACCGCAAUUACUAUGAUAUAGUGUUUCGAAUAGAUAGACCUUGGUUUCUGAGUCUUAAAGACGAUGAAGUACUGGUUGAAAGAAUCAAAUCUCUCAUCGAAAAGGACCCGGAUCAGGCUACCAUCGUCGCAAAUGGAAGCGGUCCCAUGGUCAAUCGCCUGAUAUGGCUCGCAGAUUUUCUAGGGUAUCGUGGUCAGUUCUGUCAAGUUGCGUUACCACUCCAAGAUGGUCGAGUAGCACAGCUCAGCGAACAGCUCGAAUCAGAGGGACAUUUUAGACGUCAACCAAUACAAGGCCGCUUGAAAACGGCCAUGAUAAAUGGUGAAAAAACUACCCUUGCGGUCCAUGAUUCAGAUGGCGAGCCUUUAAACAAUGUUCCCGACGUUGACUUCCUCAUAAACGCAAUAGGCAAAUCGAAGAAGACGCCGCUCAUCAAUGCGUUAAAAGAGAAGGGAUGCAUACAGGACAAUGAUGUUGCCCAAGGUGGUCCUAGUAUACGCCCAGGUCAUCCGAUGUUGUCGGGUGACUCCACCAUUUUUCAACCAGAGCUUGGUGAGGACAUUGUAGAUUCUGCCGGUAUGUGGUGGAAUCCCGAGAUCACAACUCCGAAAACCGAGCCUGAUGGGUGGGAGAAGGCAUUCAAAGUUGCCUGCAAGUUGCUAGGAAAAUGUGCCUGA